AUGACUGAUUUCACCGCGGCUGGAAAUGGCAUUAGCGGUGGCUACCAGGGUCAUUCUCUGGGCAUGAAGAUCACGAUCGCGACUCUCGCGGGUGUUACGUGGUAUAAUGCCUUCGAGCUGAUGAUCCUUCUCUUCGUCACCUUUGCAGACUAUCGAGGCCUCUACUUUUGGAGUUUGUUGAUUUCUUCCUCGGCGGGUCUACUGCCUUACUCGCUAGGCUUUUUGUUGAAAUUUUUCAACAUCACCGACAGUCAAGCAUGGCUACCGGUGACCUUGUUGACGGUUGGGUGGUGGUGCAUGGUGACCGGACAAUCUGUUGUCCUGUAUUCGCGCCUGCACUUGGUGUUGUCAAACCAACGUGUCCUGCGUCGCGUGUUGAUCAUGAUCUCAGUGAACGCGAUCAUCCUUCACAUCCCCACGACUGUUCUCACCUACGGCACAAAUUUAACCUCAGAGGGGACCCUGGAGCCCUACAAGGCGGGGUACAGCAUAAUGGAGAAGAUUCAAAUGACCGGGUUUUGCCUGCAGGAAUUUAUCAUAUCCGGCCUCUACAUCUGGGAGACCGUGCGCAUGAUACGUCUCGACCCGGACCACAGCAAACGCAGAAUCCAAUACCAACUCUUGAUCAUCAACACGAUCAUUAUAAUUCUCGAUAUCGGGCUACUCGUCGCAGAGUAUCUGAAUUUCUAUAUCAUGGAAACCAUGCUCAAAGGUGCUGUGUAUAGCAUCAAGCUGAAACUCGAAUUUGCCGUCCUUGGCAAACUCAUCCUCCUAGUCCAGAAUCACGUCUGGAAACCCGAAUCCUUCUCCGCCCCCAACGAUCUCCCGGACUUUGUCGAUGCAACAAGAGUCACCUCCGACAUGACCCAUGCCGCUCCGCCCCCAAGUCAACGCGGUCCGUCCUGGAUGGACCCCGACGAUAUCUCUAUUGCCAUGUUCGAACACCGACCUCCCGAACAUGGACGCACAAACUCAGACCUCUCCGGAUCCUGGAGCAAUGAAGGUCGUGCUUAUCAUAUCGAUCACCUCCCAAUCGAUUUCACCAACCCUUUCAGCGGAACCCAGCGCCAUACGAGUCGGCCUCGCAACCCCGAGGAACCGGGCUGA